CUUCUCCAGAAUCUAGAAAAUUGACUUUCGAUUUCCUUAUCUAUCUUAGAUCUCGCCGAUUUUUAUCUAUCUUCCAAUCGUGAAGUGAAAUUCUUUGUUGAAAGUGCGUAACGCGGUGCUCUUUUCAUGUAAAAAACUGGCUCCUAACUUUCGACUGUGUGAUAAGAUUGGAGAAUCACUUGUUUUUAAGAACUUAUCAACUCAUCAUUUUCACUCAUCUGGAAUUCUAAUUUCCAUUGCCAUUGUUUUCUGAGUGCUGUCGAAGAAAGGAAAAGACAAAGGAGCUAUGUCUAAAAACAGUCCGAUAAGUAGUGACGUUGAUCCAAUCAAAGACGUUCGUGCUGGCCUAGUGCGGGAAGUUGGCUGUCAAGCUAUAUGGAGUUUAUCUUCGUGUAAACCAGGUUUCGGAGUCGAUCAACUGCGAGAUGACUGUGUUGAUACCUACUGGCAGUCGGACGGACAGCUACCUCACCUAGUCAAUGUUCAAUUUAGGCGCAAAACAACAAUUAGAGAUGUCUGCAUUUACACUGAUUACAAAAUGGACGAAAGCUACACUCCAAGUCGUGUUUCAAUAAGAGCGGGAACGAAUUUCAAUGAUCUACAAGAAGUGGAAGUAGUAGACCUAAAUGAACCCUCCGGAUGGGUCACAAUUCCCAUCAAAGACAUUCAUGAUCGACCCAUCCGAACUUUUAUGAUUCAAAUUGCCGUCAUAAGUAACCAUCAAAAUGGAAGAGAUACUCACAUGCGACAAAUCAAAGUACAUUCACCUGUUGAACAGACUGGCAGUGGUGUGGGAAAUUUUGUGUCUGUAGAUUUCCUUCAAUAUGCAUGCAUAAGGUAAAUAGUUUUGAAAUUAUCGACUGGAUCAUUUUUUCCUUUAUUUUCAGUAGCCGUACGAAAGUUCUUUUUUUAAAACCUUAAAAAUGACAUAUACCUGCUCUAAUGGUUUUCAGUAAUGGCUAUUUUCAAUUAAAAGAUCAUCUCUAUACUUGAAUACAACAGCAUCAAUCGGCUAUCGGGAGUUAUUAGAAGACGUGUUUAUGCUAGAUCUCUGACAGCAAAUCAGUAUCAGACAAAUCCUCCCAAAUUUAGUAUUACAAUUCAUUUAAUUUUUUUUUUUUUUUUUUAGCUUCAGUUUAACUUAAAGUUGAAUAUUGGAUUUAAUGUUUUCAACCGUCUCUUUUCCUAAGACAAGUAUAACUAAUCAGAAAAUAUUUGUCUCCCAAGUAUAAAAUUAUUCAAAACUAAAGUUUUAACUACUUGUUGCAUGGUGAAUUGCUACUGAAAGCGUAUAGUGUGGUCAAAUAUUCAUCUUGUCCCUUCCCAGGAAAACCAAGAAUCUUCUCAUGACUGAAGUUUUUGUGAUAUUUGAUUCUAUUGCUGUUUUUUUUUACUUUUAUGUGAUUGAUUGUUUAUUUAUAUUCUAUAUUAAGCGUGUUGUAGUUCAAAUUUUAAUUCUGAAUUGCCCUCCUCAUUGUCUCAAGUUUUAUCAUGAGUCAAGGCAGAAACAUAUUCUCUUCUUUGAAAAAUCCAGCUGAUUUAUCUGCUUGACCACUGUUGUUGGGCAAUUUUUUAAAAAAAAUAUUAAAUAGUUAUUAUAUAGCUGUAUACACAAAUUAUUCCAUCAAUCAGGCUCAAAUCACAGGAAACUUUUAAAAUGAGAAUUCCUCAGUGCAGAGGAACUUAUCAGAAAGAAUUGUCCUGUUUUAGCUCGAUUUCAAUGCAAAAUGGCUUGUCUAAGAUUUAGGAAGAAAAACUUAGGAAUGAUAUACUGUAAAACUUAUUUCUGAGGACUGGCGAUAAAAUUUGUUAUAUCGAAACCCGCGAAAAAACCAACACUUGACUGCUCCCUACAGGGAUGCAGAAAAUUCCAAGAAAAAGUAAAAAAAAAAAAAUAGGUACUAACUGAGACUAAAGUACAGUUGUUUACAAGGCAGAAAUGUCCUGUCUCUUGAACAACUAUAUUUUAGCCCUAAGAAGUUUUCACAAAUUACAUUUACUUUUCCCUAUUUUUAUCUGAAAUCAUUAUUAUUCUCCCCUUCAAGACUUAACAAAAAUAAACUAAACUUCCUUUCCCCAAAAUAUUAGACCUACUUAAUUCAAAUAUGUUGUACGAACAAAACCAUCAAAAAAAUCUGACACCUCUGGCAGCCAUAUCCCAUUUUUGCUCUUUUCAAAAGGCUGGCCUUGGACCAGGCUAGUCGAGUGGUAUGGAAUUCUGCAUUUCUGGCUCUAUCCUAAGGCUUGUCUUGGUAAAGGAUUAAAACGGGUCUAAAUUUUAGAUCAAGACAUAACACCUGAGCAGAAUGUGAAUUAAAUGGUUGAAUUAAAAGACUACCUGCAAAUCCAAGGAAUGGACAGGAGAAUGAAUGCAAAUGCAUAUUAAAUUUUUUCGAAAUGAACAAUUUUUUAGGUACACUUUUGAAAUACAAGAAUAAAAAUUGGCAUUUUCAAGCUAUGAACCGUACUUGACUUUCACCCCCAAUAGUAUUUUCAGAUGGUAUUUUUGCUAGGAAGUUUAUCCAAAAAAUCUGCCAAAUUUCAUUAUGUUGACAAAAGAAAGUAGUAAUUAUGGUGAAUCAGUGGGAUUGGCAAUUUCACAAAAUUGAACGUUUUGUUCAUAUGUAUGACUUGUGAGGUAGUUUUCACUAAUUUAACUGACAGCUCUGUGGGAAAGUAUGUGAGCAAAAUUUUUUCCAAAAACACUCUUUGAAAGAAAGGAAUAUUUUUAGAUAUUUUUUUAUUGACAUUGGAGCGUUCUGCAGAAGUUCCUGACAAAAUUACUCGCUCGGUGGCUUAUGUUAAGCUACUUUUGUAAAUUUUAUUUGUAUAAACCAAAUUUUGUACCAAAUGUUUUGUUAAAAACUGAAUUUCCAGCAGCUUUCUUGUGUUACAGCUCAGUUGUUUAACAAAUAAUAAUUUAUUUUAACACAGCAA